AUGGACAGGAAGAAGAAGAAUGGCGCCAACGUCAGCGAUGACCAGGAAACCAAGUCCGACAGAGACUCCAGGCCUGUGCCGGCGCACACCGUGUCGGGCGAUGGAGAUAGGGCGAGGGCCAGCACGAGCGCGAGCAGCGACAAGGGCAGCAGCAAAGCCCAUUCGCAUGCGCCAGACGACGCCAACAAGCAGGGCCCCCAGAAAAAGAGGCGCAAGGUCACUCAUGCUUGCGUAUAUUGCCGUCGAUCUACUAUUGCCAUGGUCGAGGGCUACAGCAGCAAGCCCACCAAGGGCUGUUAUGCCGUGCUGCGGCUGCACUGCGAGAUUCGGCACGGCACGGGCACCGCGCGGCGCUGGCGCUGCACUCGCAACAUCGGCCAUCUCUGCCACGACGAGCCCCGCGAGCAUGACACCAAGAAGGCAAGGGGCAGCACAGCCGCGGGCUCAAAUAUGGACGAAACGGAAUCCCAAUCGGACAUCGCGCACAGUGCCAUGGACCAGACCACAAGCGCUGCUGUUGCUGCCGCCAUGAGCGCCCCCUCCUUCGACGGGGGAGCGGCUGCUGCAGCCGCAGCUGCUGGUAUCACGGCUGGUGCUGCGGGCUCACUGGGUCGGGGCAGCUCGAUACAGCUUGUGCGACCGGCACAGCUCUCUGGGAUGCAAGCCAGCGGCCUGGGCCGCGGCAACAUGAACCAAUUUGCCGGCUUCUCGGAUGCGUGGUUGACUGCCCAGAACCACCUCCAGGACGUGCACAGCUACCAGUCCAGUUACUUGAUGGCCCCUGAGGUCAGCAACGAGUUCAAUCUUCUCAACGAGUUCCUGAAUAGUAGUCUCCUCGAUGACGGCGGCCUCUUAUCUGGCGACCUAGACCAAGGCACCACGAAAACACAGAACGAUAUGCUGCCAGGCUAUGGCCUCAACCAGAGCAGCCUGCUCCCGCCGAGCGCACUGCCCGCAGGGUCCAUGCCGCCGCCAGCCGACUCAGAACAAGGCGCACCCGCCACCCGACCGGCAGCGACCAACCCAGAGGACAAAAAGCGGCGCGAGGCCGCCGAGUUCUACCUCCAGGUCGCCGACCCGUCGGGGAACGACAUGCCCGAGAAGCGGAUGGAGCGGGUGCUGCUCUCCAAGUACGAGGCGGGCCUGCUGAGGCCGUUCAACUACAUCCAGGGCUACAAGCGGCUCAUGGACUACCUCGAGUCGCACAUCCACGCGAGCUCCAAGCAGAAGAUCCUGGCGCAGAUCAACCGGUUCCGGCCAAAGUUCCGCGAGAAGGUGCAGCAGCUGACGGAUAUCCAGCUGGUGUAUGUGGAGAUGUGGUUCGAGCGCACGCUGAUGGAGUACGACCGCGUCUUCGCCAGCAUGGCGGUGCCGGCGUGCUGCUGGAGGAGGACGGGCGAGAUCUUCAGGGGCAACAAGGAGAUGGCGGAGCUGAUCGGGGUUCAGGUCGAGGACCUGAGAGACGGCAAAAUUGCGCUGCACCAGAUCCUCACAGAGGCCUCGGUGGUGCGAUAUUGGGAGGAGUUUGGCACGAUUGCAUUUGACCCAUCACACGAUACCCUUCUCACGGCGUGCGAGCUCAAGUCCCCCAUCGAUGAAGGCAAGGCGAAGGCCAAGUCCAAGGAGAUCAAAUGCUGCUUCUCGUUGAAGAUCCGGCGGGAUGACGCCAAGAUGCGCCUGCCGACCGACAAGGACGACUCAGCGGCCUCCCAGGCGCUCCUCAGUGAGGUCCAGAAGCAGACCCAGUCUCUUGGACGGUACUCGGACAAGCCACAUCAUGCCUUGCUGCAUGAUGAAGACCUGGAGUCGGAGGGAACCAGGCUAUGGAAUGUCUGCACGCGACUAAGCAGAGAGAACCCUGCCAAGUCCUCAGCAGGAUUGAAGCUUGUUCUCUGGAGUCGAGUCCUCGCCUUCCACAUUUUGCAUUCGUGUCAAUGGUCAACCAAGUCCACAGUCCCAGUCGCCUCACACCUCAUGGGACUGGCUCUGAGAGUGGCGAAGUUGUGUAUCGACGAUGACGACGUCCAGAAUACGAGGCUUAUUCUACAGAAGGCCGCAGACUAUCACCGCCGACUGCAGGACAUGUCACCAACGAUGCAAUCGGAAGAUACGGACCAGACUGUAGAGAUGGAGGCUGAAUGGACAGCGUUGCGGAUUGCCCUGGCCUGGAGAGACAACCAGCUCGAUGUCGCCGAGCAUCUGUUUGCCCAAGCAAAUGACCUGCUGCGCAAGGUCAAGCCGGCCUCAUCAAAUAAUAUCAUCGACAUUUAUUUCCAGAUUGGUCGGGGAAUGCUCUCGAAAGGCGACUCUGCCAUGGCAGAAAAGUGGCUUCGGCGCGCUUGGGAUGCUAUUAAUGGCCAGAGACUACAGGAUCUGCCGCGUGAUGCGGUUGAGCUCCGCAUGGCAAUAGUGCAGUCUCUCGUUACCGUUCUCCUCAAUCUCCAGACAAAUGAGAGCAACGAGAAAGCCCAUAAUAUCGUCAAAUACAUCGAAUCCGAGGUCGGUGAUCAGCCAAUUGUCUUGCUGCUCAACCUGGAAAUCCUCAACAGGUCACCCGCGGAAGUCUUUGACAGUGAAGCAUACGGCAACAUACUUCGAAGAAUGAUACGAAGUUUUCAUCCGAGUGAAUCGAAUUUCAGACUGUUGGCCCAUCAUAUUCGGAAAGUCCAUGCCAAAAGCCCUGGUCUCGGCUGUGCCAUUCUCGACGAAUUUCUUGCUUCUUUGAUCAAGACCGGCCAGAGUGGUUGGAUUGACAAGGCCGUGGUCACUCGAAUUUUCAUGACAACAAGCCAGCGAGAUUUCGGUGGAAGCAUCGAUGAGGCCGAGAAAGCUCUGUCAAAAGUGGAAGAACCCGUCAGCGCCGAUGCAGGCUUUUCAGCACACACCUUGAUCUGGAAGAAAAUCGAAGCCAAUUAUGGCCAAGGUCAGUAUGAAAUGGCCGAGAAAUGGUGUCGAUUGGCGCUCAGCCCGGUAUUCUCCAACUCUGGGCCGUUGAACAGUUCCAAGAUCCAGAGGAAGCUUCUUCUAUGCGCCAUGGCACGGAACGAUGUCGAUUCAGCCAAGUCGACAUUUUACACCAUGUCACGCGAUGCUCAGGAAGAUCCUAUGACGCAGUAUUUGAUGUACAAGACUGCGGUACGCAGCGGGGAUCGGGAAUCGGCAGCAGGGCAUCUUGAAGCGGUGGCAAAGGCGUCACCUGCACACAUGCAUUUCCUAUAUGCUUGUGUCGCGGAUUCACAGCAAGUCAAAGACAGACUUAUUGCCAUUGACGCCCUGAAAGAGCUUGCGGAUGUGUACGACUUUCAGAAUCCAGGCCCAGUGCACUUGCCAGCCCUUCUCCGCUGUACUAUUAUGUUGCUUCACGGGCUCCUGGAGAGCGGAGACGAGGCACAGCGGCAAUCUGUCGUCGUCGAUUUAUGUUGUGUCUUCGAUGCAGUGGCUACAGCGGCUUAUAAAUCACCAGAAAACAAGAGCGGGAAGAAGCUAUUCGACGUUCGAGAGUUGGAGUGGUUCUGCCAGAACUCAUACAAUCUCGGUCUGAAGCAUGCGGGUGAUUGGAGCCUCCGGAGCGUUGUUCAGAUCUUGACGGCAUGCGUCAACAUCAUUCAAGCUUUUCCAAACGAUAUUGGAGCAGAAGUGGCUGCAGAUCUGUCCCUCAAGUCAAUCUUUUGCAAUUUUCUCAUCUCAUCUGCACUUGUGGCCCUUGCCCGGUCACAAGACAACCUGGAGAGGCAACUUCAAGACUACCUCAUCAUGAGAAAACAUAUCAUGGCCGCUGAUUCCGAGAUUCAGGAGCGGAUGGAGAGCCAGAGCCUUGAUGAAGUUGCAUCGAGAGACCUACUCAAUAAGCUUGCAUUGUUGCUGGCGUUCGACUUCGAGGCAGCUAUGGCUUUGAAAUGUUGGCAGGACCUCGGAGAAAUCGUGUUGAAGGCUAGUACCUGCCAGAACAUUGAGUCUUUCAAGACCAUGGCAGACUGCAUCUUGCGGGCUCAUGUACCUACAGAACAACUAUUCAGUGUUCUACGCAAGGUCAUCAAUCAGAUCUCGGGGCUGCAAGACUGUGAUCCAUCCAAGCUCGCCAAGUAUACCAGAUGUCUGUUCCAGGCCGUUGCCCCGAGCAGUGACAAUCUCGCAGGGAUACUGUUGGACGAAGCCUGCAGGAUGGCAAGUGAUGCUCAUGGGACACCGGCGGCAUGGCCCUCGGAAGAACUGGAAUGGAUGGCAUCAGCGGCUUACAAUCACUCUAUCGAUUUAUGGGGGCAGGAUGAGAGAAAAGGCUGCAUGUGGUGGGCUCAGAAAGCGAUGUCCAUUGCCCACUUUUGCGAUGACCAGGGACAUUUGGAGGAAAUGCUGCAGGGCAAAUACGCGAAGCUCAGACUUAAUGUCAAUGGCGACUAG